AUGGUUAUAACUCUCAAGAUAUAGUGUCUUUAAGACUAGAUGAAGCAUUACGAGAAAUAAAAAGUCGCGGACGAGGUAUUCCAGUAGAUGGAAUUUACUCUAUCUUAGGUUUAUUGCCUUAUGAUCUAAAAACAGAGUGGGCUACAUACUUCAAAGAAGAUGCGGAAGAAGCUUUGGUAGAGGUAAUGAAAGCAGCAAUUAAGAAUGGAUAUGGUGAACCUUUAGCUUGGUUUGGAUCUGGAAAAGAAAAACAGAGAAAUGGUUCAACCAAAGUGGUAGGUGGAAUGCACAUUAAAUAUAUAGUGCCUAAAGAUAAAAGUGGCAAUAUUAUAAUUUAUCCGGAUGAAGUUAUUACAAAUAAAGGCAUUAAAAUACAUGGUUCUAAAUACACUAUAACUAGUUGUGGAGAAAGCAUAGAUAGGGUUGAUGAAAAAUCAGUAGUAGAUGGCGGUCUCUAUCGAAGAGAAGCGGAAGUAGAUAUAGGAGACAGUGAAGCGUUUGCUAUUUUGAUGUCUGGUAAUCAUAGGAUAGAUCUAGUAAGAUUAGGAGGAGAAGUAGAAGAAUUAAGAGGAAAAGGGGGAGAACCAAUGGUAAUUGGUAUGGACGAUAAGCAUUCAGAACGUCAAUAUCAGGCUCAGAUUGAAAUUCCUAUCAAAGGCAAUAACUAA